GCUCGAGGACUCACUCGGAUUCUCUUCUCGGGAGCCCAGAGUGAACUAUUAAAGCUAAGCUGCCGCCGCCGCCGCCGGGCACGAUGCCCGGACAGCCCUUCUGUACGCGCGCGACCCCUGCUGGCCGAGGACGGAAUAACCACGCUCUGCGAUGCUGCCGCUGCCGCCGCAGACUCUGCUCCUGGUGGGAGGGGCGCUGCUGCUGGGCCGAAGCACCGCCUGCUCCCUCGACUGGGGAGCGUCCGGGAGCCUGAGCCUGCCUGAGCGCGGGGAAAGCCUGCGCUUCUUAGGACAGCUGAAGAGCGUGCCGGCUCACCGGUGCCUGCGGGACAGAACCCAUUUCCGAUGUCCCUGGAAGAAAGGAGCUGGCGCCCGGGAGGAGUGGCAGGAAGCCACCUGUUGCUACCCCGAGGUGCUCAGGCAGGUCCUCCACCUCUUCGGCUCAGAGGACAGCAGAGAGGCCUGGCCAGAGAAGGCUCUUGAGCAGCUACUCACUAAUGUGCUCAGUGACCUGCAAGACACUCCCUGCAAGAGCCCUGAGAAGAGAAGAGGCUCCCUGCAGGGAUCUCCACUGAGAUGACAGCGG